AUGGCCGCGCUUUUUUAUGUUGAAGAUACAAUUUCAUGGCGGCUGUUUUUUCUCUGCGUCUAUAUCACAGAAUUGACGCAUGGGCAGGUCCGUUAUUCUAUACCCGAAGAGAUGGCUACGGGCUCCGUUGUCGGAAAUAUUGCCCAGGACUUGGGCUUGGAUGUUAAAAGGCUGAAAUCUGGGCGGUCUCGGAUAUUUACCGAGGAUGGCAGUGAAUACAUUGGUCUGAAUGAAGAUAAGGGGACGCUGGUAGUUAACCAAAGGAUAGACAGAGAAGAGUUGUGCGGACAAGUGUCUCCCUGUUCUUUGCAUUUUCAGAUUAUUCUGGAAAAUCCAAUGGAGCUACAUCGAAUUGAUGUAGAAAUAUUGGAUAUAAAUGACAAUGCUCCUGUAUUUUCGCGGAAAGAAAUUAAUUUUGAGAUAAGUGAAUCUGCUACUCCCGGUGCUCGUUUCUCCUUAGACAGUGCUGAAGAUAAGGAUGUUGGACUAAAUACACUGCAAACAUACAAACUUAAUCCUACUGAUUAUUUUAAACUGAACACCCUCUCUCGCCCCGAUGGAAGUAAAUAUGUUGAAAUGGUAUUACAAACGCCCCUUGACAGAGAAGAAGGUGAGGAGCAUAAGCUAAUGUUGACUGCAUAUGAUAGCGGUAGCCCUCAGAAAUCUGGUACAGUGAAAAUUACCGUUCUUGUCUUAGAUGCAAACGAUAAUUCUCCUAUAUUUAGUCAGUCCGUGUACACAGCGACUAUAAAUGAAAAUGCAUCUAAGGGUACCACUGUUUUGAGUGUAUCUGCAACAGAUAAAGACGAUGGUACCAAUGGGAUUGUAACAUAUUCUUUUUCUCAAAGCACAGGCAGCGCAUCAGACCUUUUCAAAAUUGAUGCAUUUUCAGGGGCGAUCACAGUGGAUGGUAUGUUAGAUUUUGAGAAAUGGAAACAGUAUGAGUUAAACGUGGAGGCAAAGGACAAAGGAGGGCUAUCAGACACAUGCAAGGUGCUAAUUGACAUGACCGACGUAAAUGAUAACGCCCCUUUCAUUAGCAUAAUUUCUUUCUCCAAUCCUAUACCAGAGGAUUCGGCUCCAGACACUGUUAUUGCAAUGGUCAAUAUCAAAGACUUGGACUCAGGUAAAAAUGGCCAAGUUAAGUGUUUCAUUACUCCAGAUUUGCCUUUCAAAAUUAAGCCAUCCUCGAUUAAUUUCUAUAAUUUGGUGUCUACUGAAGUUUUGGACCGUGAAACUAUAUCAGAAUACAAUAUAACAAUAAUUGCUGUGGAUGAGGGGUCUCCCCCUUUUUCAGCAAACAAAACGAUCACUUUGAAAAUAUCAGACAUUAAUGACAAUGCCCCCCUGUUCCCACAACAAUCUUUCACUGCUUUCAUCACUGAAAAUAACUCACCUGGAAUGACUGUCCUCUCUGUCAAAGCCAGUGACUUAGACUCUGGGAACAAUGCACGCAUUUCCUAUUUCCUUGAAGAUAGUCAGGUGAAUGGGAUCUCAGCCUCAGGUUAUUUUUCAGUGAAUGCAGAGAGUGGAGAGAUAGUUGCUGUGCGUUCCCUCGAUUAUGAGCAAAUAAGGGAGUUCCAAAUUUAUGUCAGAGCACAAGAUGGAGGCUCUCCUCCACUCAGUAGCAAUGUGAGUGUGAAAAUACUGAUACAGGACCAAAAUGACAACGCCCCUCAGGUUCUGUACCCAGUCCAGACUGGUGGCUCUCUGGUGGCUGAAAUGGUGCCUCGUUCAGCAGAGGUGGGCUAUCUGGUGACCAAAGUUGUGGCUGUUGAUGUGGACUCUGGUCAGAAUGCCUGGCUCUCCUAUAAACUGCAGAAAGCCACAGACAGGGCGCUGUUUGAAGUGGGCUUACAGAAUGGGGAAAUCAGAACUAUCCGCCAGGUCACUGAUAAAGAUGCUGUGAAACAAAGGCUGACUGUUGUGGUGGAGGACAACGGUCAGCCCUCUCGUUCAGCUGCAGUCAAUGUUAAUGUGGCGGUGGCGGACAGCUUCCCUGAAGUGCUGUCGGAGUUCACUGACUUUACACAGGACAAGGAGUACAAUGACAACCUGACUUUUUACUUGGUCUUGGCUUUGGCUGUGGUUUCCUUUCUGUUCAUCACAUGCCUGGUGGUUAUUAUAUCAGUGAAAAUCUACAGAUGGAGACGUGAGCAUCUGUUUUACACAUCCAGUGGGAAUCUUCCUGUAAUUCCCUAUUACCCACCCCUAUACCCUGACAUAGGAGGGACAGGCACGUUAAAGCACACAGUAAAUUAUGAAGUGUGCGGAACCACCAACUCCCGGAAGAGUGAUAUUAAGUACACCCGUCCGUUCAGUCAGAGCACUUUGAGCAUUGACCACAGUGGCACCAGGACAAAGCCAAGGCAAAAUGCAGUGUCAGAGGAUUUGAUCACAGAGGUGAGAUCUGCUCCACUCCACUGGCACUUUUCCUAA